UGAUAAGCCCCGCCCUCUCUAUGCCAUCAUCUGCAGUAAUUUGCUGACAUCAUGUCUAAGAAGGCCGGAAACCGCGGGCCGGAGAUGGAGGGGCUGAUGGAGGCAUCGAUCAUCCGGAUCCCUCCGCAUCACUACAUCCACGUCCUGGACCAAAACACCAACAUCGCCCGGGUGGAGAUCGGACCGCUCACCUACAUCCGCCAGGACAACGAGAGAGUGCUUUUCACUCCGGUGCGCAUGGUCAUGGUGCCUCCUCGUCACUAUUGUGUGAUCGCCAACCCCGUGGCCCGCGACGACGACAACCAGGUCCUGUUUGACCAAUCUGGACAGAGAAACCACGCGGAUGGCGACGGUUUCUCUGACUGCUCGCUGCUGUCGUGUCUUCAGAAAGCGCUGCACGUGCGCGCCCUGCGCCCCUUUAAAGACGCCGGCGGGCGAGAGCGUCGCACCGGGGAGGAAUGGCUGGUCACCAUGGCUGACAGAGAGGCCCACAUCCCCUCUGUGGCAGAGGAGGUGGUGGGUGUGGUGGACGUAACCACCCUGAGCAGCAGGCAGUACUGCGUGAUCCUGGACCCGGUCGGACACGACGGGAAACCUCAGCUGGGUCAGAAGAGGGUGGUGAAGGGCGAGCGCUCGUUUUUCCUGCAGCCCGGGGAGCACCUGGAAAACGGCAUCCAGGACGUGUACGUGCUGUCGGAGGAGGAGGGGCUAGUGCUGCGAGCUGUGGAGGCCUUUAAUGACACCCAGGAGCAGGAGGAAGACGAGGAGGAGGAGGAGGAAGAGCUGCAGGAGAGGGCCAAGCGCUCUCGCAGAAGCGGCACCCCCCGUCGCCCUGGAGACCGCUGGAUGCUGCGGGGCCCCAUCGAGUACGUCCCCCCUGCCAGCGUGGAGGUGUUGCUGCGGCGCGAAGCCAUCCCGCUGGAUGAGAACGAAGGCAUCUACGUCAGGGACAUCAAAACGGGAAAGGUGCGCGCGGUGAUUGGUCACACCUACAUGCUGACUCACGACGAGGAGCUGUGGGAGAAGGACCUUCCUCCGAACGUCGAGGCCCUGCUGGCCGCUCGUCUCGACCCGCUUGCCGACCGCUCGGACCGCGGCCAGCAGGCACCGGCCGACCCGAGGGAGAAGACCAGGGUGGUGUCCUUCAGGGUGCCCCACAACGCCGCCGUGCAGGUCUACGACUACAGGGAGAAGAAAGCCAGGGUGGUGUUUGGACCGGAGAUGGUGAUGCUGGGACCCGACGAGCAGUUCACCGUGCUGUCGCUGUCCGGGGACAAGCCGAAGAGGGCCAACGUCAUCAAGGCCAUCUGCCUCCUGCUGGGGCCCGACUUCUUCACCGACAUCAUCACCAUCGAGACGGCCGACCACGCCCGGCUGCAGCUGCAGCUCUCCUACAACUGGCACUUCGAGGUGAAGUCUCGGACGGACGCAGCCGACGCCGCGGCCGUGUUUUCAGUCCCCGACUUUGUGGGCGACGCCUGUAAAGCCAUCGCAUCGCGGAUCCGUGGAGCUGUUGCCUCGGUGCAGUUUGAUGAUUUCCACAAGAACUCGAACCGCAUCAUCUGCUCGGCCGUGUUCGGCUUCGACGAGAAGAUGCAGGUUCGCUCGAGUCUUCGCUUCAGCCAGAACAACCUGGUGAUCAGCAGCGUGGACAUCCAGUCCGUGGAGCCCGUCGACCAGCGCACACGAGAUGCCCUGCAGAAGAGCGUCCAGCUGGCCAUCGAGAUCACCACCAACUCCCAGGAAGCGGCUGCACGACACGAGGCCGAGCGUCUGGAGCAGGAGGCGCGGGGGAAGCUGGAGAGGCAGCGGAUCACCGACCAGGCCGAGGCGGAGCGAGCCAGGAAGGAGCUGCUGGAGCUGGAGGCGCUCAGGUGAAGCCAGACGCCACCAGCAGGAGGAAAUCAGAGCGUUAAAUGGCUCUUAAAUAUCUUAAGAUCACAGAAUGCAAACGAACCACAAUAAGAGGCGGAGCUGCAGCGCCUGGCGAAGGCUCGCGAGCAGGAGCUGGGCUAUAAGAAGGAGAUCGACCGUCUGGAGGUGGAGAAGCAGCAGCGGCUGGCUGAGAUCGAGAGUCAGCGCUUCAAGCAGAUGAUGGAGAGUUUGGGCAGCGACACGCUGAAGGAGAUCGCCAGAGCCGGCCCCGAGAUGCAGGUGAAGAUGCUCCAGUCUCUGGGGCUCAAGUCCACCCUCAUCACGGACGGCUCGUCUCCCAUCAACCUCUUCACCACAGCCAACGGCCUGCUGGGGGCGCUGCCGGGUCAGGGACAGGCCCAGUGAGGAAGAGGAGGGAGCAGAUGUGUUCAACAUUGGAGGUCGUGACGGGUUUUUUCCACCUACCAUACAAUAUGUUAAAGGUCAAUAUUAAAGCGAUGUGUGCUGUCCGGAGGAAGUGAGGUGCGCACGUGUCGGAGAACCCGGAGCGAAGAUGUUGUUCCCCGUCCCACGCUGACAGCCAAAGAUUUGUUCCUACUGAGCACUUUUUCUCCCAAAGCUAACGAGCUAACAAUGCUGUUUACAGAUGUUGACUCUGGUGUGUGGAUGUCUCUGCCUUACAAAGUGCUGAGGUUUCUCCUUCUGUGGGUUUUUUCGCUGAAGCAAUAUUAAAACUGACGUCCUCCUC